AUGUCUCCGGAAGAACUUCUCGAGAUGCCGGCUGGCUCUCCCCCGCCUGGCCAGCAGUCGAACCUGAAAGACCCACCCAACUUGGAGACCGCUGGUCGUGCCGUACUUUUGUUCUUCUGGAUUUCUGCGUCGACUCUGUUCUUGCUGCGUAUGUACACAAAGCUGUUUGUGAUCCGGAAGGUUAAGUUGUCAGAUUACUCGAUUAUUCUAGCAUGGGGUAUUUUUAUGGGUUAUUUCGCGCCGGCAUGGCUAUUAUCAAAGGUCGGCCCCGGAGUUGAUCAAUGGAAUAUCAGUCUGAAGAACUUCAUCUCGCUAUUAUUUUACUUUCACGUCGCCUCUAUUAUGUACGGCUGCUGCAUCUUUUUCAUCAAAUUGGCCAUUCUCCUGCAGAUAUUAGAAGUGUUCGUGCCCCUAAAGAGCAACAACUACUUCUUCUGGAGUUGCCACGCUCUCAUCUGGAUCAACUUCGUUUUCUAUACAAUCAGCUUCUUUCUAGAAAUAUUCUCAUGUCGACCGAUGGAUAAAGUCUGGAACAUUCUGAUCACAGAAGGCACUUGUCUGGAUACCACGAAGUUGAAUAUUGCCGCCAGUUCAAUCAAUGCUGCAUCAGACGUGGUCAUUUUAGUUCUUCCGCAGUUGCGCAUCUGGGGCCUCCAUAUGCCACUACAUAAGAAGAUUGCCGUUUCGGCGGUUUUCUUCGUUGGAAUCUUUGCCUGCGUCUCCUCCGUCGUCCGCCUCGCCUACACGGUUCAUCUUUAUCAGACGGAUAAUAAAUCGUAUUACAGCUACCUUGCAGGUGUCUGGACAUUGCCCGAGCUGGCUUCCGGGAUUAUUGUCGCCUGUCUGCCGGUGAUUCCUCGGUUCGUGCGUAGCGUCGACCCGAACAACCGGCUAUCACGUCUUGGUGCGUCAGUCCAGGAAUUGUUGUCGACAGUCACGGGUGGCAGCCGACAGCGAUCACGCGAAAGUUCUCGAAAUACUGCUAAGGGCCAAGGAGAUGGCACAGUCGUUAUGCCGACAGGGAAGGGCAGCGAAUCGGACCAGUACCCAUUGGUAGCGAUGUCCAGUCAAGCGAGUUCAAGGAAAGAUGCGAUUGCUACAAAAGGGGUUACUUAA